AUGAAGAAAUAUGCAGAUUUAAAGAGAACUGAGAGGGAGUUUACCAUUGGUGAGUGGGUCUAUCUUUGCCUACAGCCGUACCGGCAGACCUCGGUUUCUCAGAGGAGGGGCCUCAAGUUAGCCCCAAGAUAUUAUGGACCCUUCCAAGUGUUGGAGAGGGUCGGAUCCAUGGCUUAUCUCCUGAAACUUCCCCCAUCCUCCAAGAUCCACACUACCUUUCACGUGUCCCAGUUGAAGAAGAAAAUCGGAGAGAUCACUCCUUUAGCCACCAUACACCCCGUCAAUGCUGCAGGAGUCUUGAAGCUCGAACCAAAGGAGGCCAUAGCCCGUCACAUAGUGAAGAGAAACAACAAGGCAUGCACGGAGGUCCUCAUACGAUGGCAAGGACAAGAACCGGAAGACGUUACGUGGGAGCCAUAUGCGAGGUUGAAGGAGCAAUAUUCCCACCUUGAAGGCAAGGUGUUCUAA